GUGUGUGGCGGGAACCCUCUUAAAUGCACAGUACCGCCCCCUGCUGGAGACAUGUAUUGAUCGAGGAUAGGGAGAUUCAGUCUGAUUAGAUUAGAAAGCUACUUUCUGGUUAAAAUUGCUUUUUCUGAUCCUGAAAACAUUUCUUUAAAUAUUCAGGUUAGUUAUAAAAAACACCAAAGACAGUUUUAGUUCCGGCAUGUCAGGGACAGCCUACCGCGGGUCCUGAGCUGAAACCGGAAAAGAAGAUGACGGUUCAUAACCUGUACAUAUUCGACCGUAAUGGCAGCUGUCUGUAUUACAACGAGUGGAACCGCAAGAAGCAGGCGGGCAUCUCAAAGGACGAGGAGUUUAAGCUGAUGUACGGGAUGCUGUUCUCCAUCCGAUCCUUCGUCAGUAAGAUGUCUCCCCUGGACAUGAAGGAGGGCUUCCUGUCCUUCCAGACCAGUAAGUACCGUUUGCAUUACUACGAGACGCCCAGCGGCCUGAGGUUCAUCCUGAACACCGACCUGUCCGUCAGCAACGCCCGAGACACCCUGCAGAGCAUCUACAGCAGCCUGUAUGUGGAGUACGUGGUGAAGAACCCGGUGUGUGUGUUGGGUCAGAGUCUGGACAGUGAGCUAUUCAGCAGCCGCCUUGACGCCUUCAUCAAAGCUCUGCCCUACUACAGCCCCCGCGCUGCAUAACACACACACACACACACACACACACACACACACACACACACACACACACACACACACACACACACACACACACACACACACACACACACACACACACACACUGUUUUGUAUUUAUUUGUUGGAUUAAAGUCUCCUAACACGUGA